AAAGUGGGCAUAUUGAACAAUCUUUUCUAGAGGUCAUUCCGCAGUCGACAAGUCGCCCAACGUUUCCGGCAACACAGAACAAAUAGUUCAUAAUGGGUCGUCUUCACUCCAAGGGAAAGGGCAUUUCUGCCUCCGCUAUUCCUUACUCCAGGACUCCUCCUGCCUGGCUCAAGACCACUCCUGACCAGGUCACCGACCACAUCUGCAAGCUCGCCAGAAAAGGUGCCACCCCCAGUCAGAUUGGUGUCGUUCUCCGUGACAGCCAUGGUAUUGCCCAGGUCAGGAACGUUACUGGUAACAAGAUCCUCCGUAUCUUGAGAUCCAACGGCCUCGCCCCUGAGAUCCCUGAGGAUCUUUACUUCCUCAUCAAGAAGGCUGUCUCCGUCCGCAAGCACCUUGAGCGCAACCGCAAGGACAAGGAUGGCAAGUUCCGUCUUAUUCUCAUCGAGUCCCGUAUCCACCGUCUCUCUCGCUACUACAAGACAGUCGGUGUCCUUCCUCCCACCUGGAGAUACGAGAGCGCCACUGCCAGCACCCUCGUUGCCUAAUUUAUCUUGGACCUUGUGUACCUCUAGGCCCAAGUCACGAAACAAAAAUAUCUCUUCUGGGGGUGCACAGGCUCGAUUCAUAUCCAAAGUCGACAUUGCAUCUGUCUCUCGAAUGAUAACAGAUACGAUAACAACCGGAUACCCCCGAUUUCUUCUUGCCAAGGAGAAUGCACUUAAAAAUCCUGUUGUACUUACCUUCUUAGGAGAGAAAAUUUCAAAAGUUUUAUGACCGUCUGAGAUAUAAUGAUUCCCCUGUUUCAAAUAUAGAUAUCCCACAUUUGACAUAAUUUAUUACUUAUCAUUCAUCAUUAAAUCGCGUAUAUAAUGAAGAUUCACACAUAUUUCACCUCUCUUGCAACUGCGUUGCAGAGCUCAACUUUUAUCCCAGCACCUGUCAAGACAUGUAUCCAC